CCUCCUGCAUCUCUCUGGUCAGUCUUGCUGCUGACUUGGAGCCAUAUGGGAGAGAGUCAGACUCGAUUAACAGUAGGCCGACAUUGAUUUUGACCUGGAAACUGAUAAUCUGCUUAAAUUGGCCAUUCAGUCACAUCAGGCUAUAAAUGCUUUGGCUGAGUUACUUAUCUGUGUGAUCCAGGCCACAGUGAGCUGAGUCUUGUUGUGUAAACUUGUUUGUCUGCUGCUGCCUGCUUGUAAAGAAGAGGCUGUUUGUCUGAUUAAAUACAAAAAUAACAAUAAAAAGUUGGACCAGCCUCAUUAUUUAUUUAUUUUUAACUUUCUCUAAUGACAACCAAUCACACAAGUUGGUCAUUUGAUGGGCAUUUAUCUCUCCCUCUUAGGAAGGAGUCUAUUUCCAGAGGGCAGGCCGUGUUAAAGAGCAGACACAUGAGAGUUUGACCGCAGUCUCUGGUUUCUCUGCUCAGCUGUGUGGAGUACGUGGCGUCCAACAUGGACUAAAGACACAAGUUUUAAAAAUACAGGAGGACGGUCGACUUUUUUUAUCGUGAAGAAAUCGACUCAUUGAGCCAAGAAACAUGGAGAAGGAUUUACUGUCAACCCCAACUGCUGUCAGCACCCAGGGGUCGCGCCCUGUCCUGGGUGGAAGCUCUCCUCCCUCCCCCACACAGAUUCCUCCUUCACUCGACUCCAGUAACCUCUCUGCCGCUCCCUCUCAAUCCACCAAAUCUCCAUCCUCUACAGAAAACACCAGAGAGCCCAGAAAAUCUCAUUCCUCUCACCCAUCUGCUCACGUCAUCUCUAAACCGAUGGAUUCCCCACCUUCUUUACAGGGGUCAAAGACUCCAGCUGGGUCCUCUAAACCCUCCUCUCCAGCUCCAAACAAAACACCACUUGUUACCUCUCCUAAUCGCUCACCUGCUCAAGUCACCGAAGUUUCACCUGUGUCCAAGCCUUCGUCUGCCUCCUCGGCCUGUAACGCUCCGUCUUCUUCCCCUACCUCUUCUUCCACCGUGGCUCCUGCAACUUCUACCACCGCUCCUGCCAAACGCACCUUUGCCUCCAUGGCCAAGCGGGUGAUAAUACAGGAGAGACUUAGGAAAGCUGAGGAGGAUGCACAUGAUGACGAGGAUGAUGAAGAGCCAGAGGAAGAUUUGACCGUUGAACAGAUGGAAGAGAAGGCCAAAGCUGGCGAUGCCGGCGCUCAGACCCGGCUGGGUCAACACUAUUUGAUUCUUGCAGAAGAGAAGGACGCAGAGUUGAAUAAUCUCCUGGGUGUUAAUUGGCUGAUUAAAGCAGCUAAACAGGGAAGAAAAAAGGCCGCAAAAGCCUUGCAGCGCUGCUGGAUCCAGAAAAAAGGAAUCACUCCAGAGAACGAGGCCGACGUGCGAAAGUUGUCGACAGAGAGUAAGUUUGAGCUGGCAGUGCGUAAAGCGGCCAUGAUGAUGUACUGGAAACUCAACCCGGAGAGGAAGAAGAAGGUGGCCGUGGCUGAGAUGCUGGAAAAUGUCAGCCAGGUCAAUGCAGUGCAGGGUGGCACUGCAAAUUGGAUUCCUGCCCCAACCUCAGGCCAGACACAGAAAGUAUUGGAGAGCAUGGUCAGCAAGGAGUCCACACAGUUGGUGGACUUGGAUGACUUUGUUGAGAUCACUAAAAAGUAUGCACAAGGUAUCGUCCCCUCUGCGCAGCAAAAUAGCAGCAAGGUGACAGCUAAGGCCGAAAUCCUGACACCUCAUGACAGAGGGGAAGAGCACAAGGACGAGCUGGUUCCAUCACACAAGAGGGCGCACAAGACCUCUUGGGGUUUCGGUGGAAGCGGGAUGAUGCUGGACUCGCAGCAGACUGGAGCCAUAAGAAAAGCCAUGGACAUGAAAUCACGCUUAAUGAUGCUGCAGUACCCGCUGCAUUCCAUUAUUGAGAUGAAAGAGCACUUGGUCGACUGGGCGUCGCGGGCCGGAGUCCAGUGGCUGAGCACGAUCAUCCCCACGCAGCACGUCAACGCACUGAUUUUCUUCUUCAUCAUCAGCAGCCUGACAGUGGACUUGUUUGCUUUUGUCAUCCCGCUGCUCGUCUUCUACCUUUCCUUCAUCUCCAUGAUCAUCUGCACGCUGCGUGUUUUCCAGAGCAGCAAGACUUGGGAGAACUUCAGAGCCCUGACAUCCCUGCUGACGCGUUUCGAACCCGGUUUGGAUGUGGAGCAGGCAGAGACCAACUUUGGCUGGAACAACCUAGAACCGUAUCUCUAUUUUAUCCUGUCGGUUUUCUUUGUGAUUUUCUCCUUCCCUGUAGCCGACAAAGGCUGGAUCCCGUGUUCUGAGCUCUCCACUGUGGCCAUCUUCUUCACCGCUGUCAGCUACAAGAGCCUGAGUCCCACCGCUGCAGCUUAUGCACGCCGGGCGAUGCUCAUAGAGGUAGCAUCGUCUCUGUGUUGCCUGACCCAGUUCCUGCCAGAGCAAAUGGCCAUUCGUUUGCUGGGGCGUACCUUCGCCACACUGCCACUAGGGGAUUCAGUGGUGCUGAAGCUCAGUCUGCCCUGUCUGCUGUAUGUUUACCUGUUCUAUCUGUUCUUCAGCAUGGCCAGGAUUCGUGGUUUCAGGGGGACUUACUGCGUCCUGGUUCCUUACCUUGUGUGCUUCAUGUGGUGUGAGUUCUCGGUGGUGCUUCUCCAGAGUUCAUCUGUUGUGGGGCUAAUCCGCACCUUAGUGGCCUACUUUCUCUUCCUGUUUGCCUUGCCUGUGCUGGCUUUUGGCCUUGCUGCCAUGCUCUUCAUCCAGCUCUUCAAGUGGUUCCUUGAGCUUGAAGUGACGAAGAUGAUCGUGACCCUGGUAGUCUGCGCAAUCCCUGUCACCCUGCGGCUCUGGACGCGGUUCAGCAUGUCUAUUCUGGAUGUCUUCCGCUCACUGACCCACCGCGGCCCGGUUAAACUCAUCUUACUCUGUAUCUCCAUGGUGAUCCUGUUCUUCUCUAUCUAUGUGUAUCAUGCAGAGGUACAGAAGGUUUACAAUUCCACCAUGACCUGGAAACAGUACAGCCAGGUCUGCGGGCCGCCUGCCUGGGAAACUAAAGGCAUGGCCCAGACACAGAUUUUCUGCAGCCACCUGAACGGACACAGAGUCACAUGGACUGGCCGUUUUAAGCAUGUUCGUGUGGCAGAGACAGAAAACGGUGCACGGGCGGUCAUCAACAUGUUGCCAGUGUUCAUGGGAGACUGGCUGCGAUGCCUGUAUGGAGAGACGUACCCCAAAUGUGAGCCGAAGAACGCUACAGUCGCAAACCUGACAGCCAAUUCCGCGUCAUCUACCGCUUCACUGCCCAUGCUGCUUCGAAUGCAGGAAGAGGAAGAGUUGUGUCAGAUCAAGGCUCUGGCCAAAAACACCUGCCAUACCAAGCGCUUUGACAGCUACCGAUUUGAGGUGACAGUAGGGAUUAUCCUGGAUGGAGGAGUUGAAGACCCAGCCAGGGAUGUAAUCCUAAUGGCCAGCCACGAGUUCAGACAAGUUCUGCUCAACCUCAAACCCGGUAACAUGGUGGAGUUUAGCACCAAGUUGGAGGGCCGUCUCGGAUCCAGAGCUCCGGCCUUUGAGCUGAAGGCCAUCCACUGUCUGGACUGUGAUUCCUCACUGCUGACCGGAGGCCGGCAGGUAAAGAUAGAGAGAGACUGGAGACGCACCACCAUGAGAGCGCUGAAGUUUGCUUUUGAUUUUUUCUUUUCUCCUUUCCUGUCGGCGAAAAUCACCACCUGAGGAGAAGAAACACAGCGAGACUGUGAAGCUGAAGCAAAAAUGACUUCGAACGUAACUUAUAUUAUUGUUUACAAUUUGAUCUAACUGAACGGAUCUACAGCUCGUGUUUAAGUGUUGAAAGUUCAACAAGAUGACAGCAUCUAGGAAAUGAUUUAAUAUUAAUAUUAUUAUACAAAGAUUUUACUUUCAGUUUAUGGACCUCUGAAAUAGUUUAAGAUUGGUCAGAUGCCACCUUUGCCUUGAGACUUACAGACAUAAUCAUUUACAUUUUUAAAAUCCUGUUUAAAUCAUACUCUUCUAUUUAUAUCCAGCGUCGGGCUUUCAAAUAAAGCCUGUAAUUGUGCUGAACACUUCUGAAUUUGUACAUUUGUUAAAAAUAAACUAUUAUCAGAUGACAUUUAUCUUUGAUAGAGCAAAGCUGCUUUUAUAUUAAAGUAUUUCUUACAUAUAUGAGGGGGGGCGGGGUAUGUUUGCAUGUACAGUAUGUGUGUGUACAUUAGUGCAUUUUUAAAUGUAGCUAUUUAUUUAUACGUGUUGUAUGGCAGACAUAUUUCUGGCUUUGUGGUCUUAAUCUUUUAAUUUUUAAAUGAAGUUAAUUUCCAGAAUUUUAGAAUAAUGAAUUCACUUCCUGUGCCUUGAGCUAAAAUGCACAUAAAAUAGCAACAUAAGACACGAGGCUGUUUAUGGUAAGCCGACAAACUCAUCAAAGUAUGCAGCUGUAGUCUCGGUUUCAUGGUUUACUAUUACACACUCGCACACCAAAAUGCCAAAUGUCAUGGGCAAUGUUGGGUCUUACUAUUUAUGGGGUCUGGCCAAACCAUGCAGAGAUUUUAUUGAGCCAACUCGGGAGGAGGGUUAUCAUAAAAAUAUGUUUUUUAUAUGUAUAUAAACAUCAGGAGUCUUCCUCUGGGAAACAAACAAAAUGAAAAAUGACUUUAUUUUUAGCGUCGUCUCAUCUUCAUGAAAACAUUGACAAGCUUUCAUUCCGUAGAAAUAGUGUCAAUAGUGGGAAUAUUUGAAAUGAUUUGGUACCUCUACAUUGCCUUGAUGUCGUGAUAAUUUAGUCAUAUUUAUAAUAAUGAUAAUCAUGUUUCUACCCCACUUGACAAGUUUGAUUUUUUUUUUUUAGAUAAACUGAAUUAUAUUAAGUUUCUUUAAGAAAACUCCCCGACUUUUUCUGUCAUGGUUUUGGGUUUAUGGUCUAGUGUUUACAGUUUUAUUUUGUAAAUCUCCUCUCUUGUGUUACUUCACUUCCUGACACUUUUUGUUAUGUUAAGUUUGCCGACCUGUCCAUCCAGUUAUUAAUGUUACCUUUUUUCUUCUUUUUUUUUUACUCACCCACUGGUCUGAAUUUGGGUCCACUCUCUGACAUCUUAAGUAAGAUAGACAAUUUGAAAACCCAUAAUUAAGACGAUGAUCUGAAAAGUCACAAAGCAGAAAAAAGGCUUGUUAUGAUACUAUUUAAUGUUUUAUUAAAUUGCAGUACUGAUCAUAUGUCAAGCAUGUGACACUUGCAGUGCAUGAAAAAAGCCAUAUACUGUAUGUGAACACUACUGUGAAUGACAAUAACUGAGCCUGCGAUGACUAUUAAAAGUGUUUGUCUUUCAAACAGAAAACCUUUUGAAUGUUUUUGUUCAGUGAUGAGAAAAAAUGAUCGACACGACACGUUUCUUUGUCGGAUUUCACAUUGUUUAAUUAAUGCACAUUCCUUUCAUUCACCUCAUUUGAGUUAUGUUUUUUUUUUUUGUAUUGUUAGAUUCGUCUUUUUUUAAAGUAUGAUAGAUAUACACGCUAGUAGCAUUGAGUAAUGGCGACAUGCUGCUGCUGCUGUGUUCCUGAACACCAAUCCUCUCACUGGUUGUGGUGGUUAUGAUGCGAUUACAACUGUCCUGCUCUAAACUACAGCUCACCACUGGAGGACUGAGCCCCGGGACUUUUUGCUGUGUUUUGUACACUUUGUUAAACCAAUCAGUGCAAGAUUGUGUCUGCGUUCAACAACACUGGCAGACAGUGAGAACAUAAUAGUAGCCCACAGGCUGCAACAUAAACAUCUGUGAACGCUGAUUUGGAAACCGAAAGGAGGUGAUAAGUGAGGAGAGAGCAGACAAAUGCAACAUAUAUAUGAGCAAUUUCCUUCUUUUCUUGGGAUUUAAGGUCGGGUACUUUUCAGAUUUUGGAAAAAAAAAUGCAAAAGUGCAAAGGGACUGGAAACUUUCCACCUCUUUGCACUGACUCUGUUACUCCACCUGCUACAGUACACAUCCAAACCACUUCUAAUAACUCCCAUCAGGGCCAAGGUCACUUGAAAACAAAGCACUUCACUGUAAACAAUCAAAUCUCGACCAAGUCACACAAUUCAGUCCAACACAGACGUCGCCUUGUACCGCUGUACAUCCCGGGCUUUCAGUGUCGCAUCCCAGAGUAAGCAUGUGGCACUGUGAGGUAUACGGUAUAAUGACGUUUAGAGCCUGUGAUCUGAUAAAUUCAUAUGACGUUAUUGUUUGUAUGUUAAAGAUAUUUCUGCAAUGUACAUAAUGAGCUAUUGCACUGAUGAUUACCUCUGAGAUUCAAAUACACUGGACACAAACUUUGAUUAGCUGGAUCAAGGGCCUCGAUUAUGAACAAUGUGCUUGGAUUCCAUCUUCUUUUUUCUUCUUGAUUGUAAGAUACUUAAUCAAAUUGUGCUUAUGCACUAAAAUGAACACGGCUCAUUUUAAAUCAGCAUAACACUUAACAUGAAUGAACCUUUUGCCUGUAUUCGAUUUAAUCACCAAUCAGCCUCAAUUUGUACCACAUAGAUAUGUAGACUUUAGACAGGGAAAUGACCUUAAUACAGCAAUCAAAGCCCAAUAAUAUACAUAAUAAAACAGAAAGUGUUGGUUUGUGCACAACUCACCCCUCCCUCUCUACAGCCAACAAUACCUAUUUCUGUACCGCUGCAAGAAAAAAGCCCACACAUCGAGUUUCUAACUGGAAUAGUGCGAUUCUGCAAACUUUCUAUACAUUAGAUUCCAGGUUCAUUCUAUGACAAAAUGCAACUUUUUAUCUUUUAGCUCUCUGGAACCAAAAUUGGUACCACCUUAAAAAAA